AUGUUAAACCGAAAAUGGGUUUUUCUGUUAGUCGUCGUGUCAUUGGCCGUAUGCCAAGAAGUCGUCGAGGAUGACGAUGAAUCGCCGCCGAAAAAAGAGCCGUUCAUUCCGAUCGAAUUUGUGGCGCCGCAAUUCAACAAAGAAUCGCCAAAACCGUACUUUUUCGAUUAUUUUCCGAAAGGCGCGAAAAUUGGAAAUAAAUGGGUGAAGAGUAUUGCGAAAAAAGAUGGUGCCGACGCCGAAAUCGCCAAAUAUAAUGGCGAAUGGGAUAUUGGAGCACCGACUAAAGUGGUUAUCGAAGGUGAUCAUGGACUUAUUGUGAAAACUAAGGCUCGCCAUCACGCAAUCACCGCCAAACUCAAUCGGCCGUUCAAAUUUGGCAACGAGAACUUGAUUGUUCAAUACGACGUGAAAUUCGAAGAGGGCCAAGAAUGCGGUGGCGGCUAUCUGAAAUUGUUGAGCGAGGGCGCUGAAAAGAAUCUGGCGACGGUACAAGACAAAACGCCGUACACUAUUAUGUUUGGGCCGGAUAAAUGCGGAUCGACGGGAAAAGUGCACUUGAUUUUCCGCUACAAUAACCCCAAAAAUGGAUCGAUUGAUGAAUAUCACGCGAAGCAGCCGUCAAAUGUUGGAACGACAUAUUGGGAUGACCACAACACCCAUCUCUACACUUUGGUCUUGAAGCCGUCCGGCGAUUUUGCGGUGUCGGUUGACGGCAAAAGCUUGUUCUAUGGAAAUAUGCUGUAUGAUCUCGCGCCGCCUCUCACGCCGCCCCUUCAGAUUGCCGAUCCGAACGACAAGAAGCCGGAGGAUUGGGACGAUCGCGCCGAGAUUGAGGACGAGAACGCGACGAAGCCCGAUGAUUGGGACGAGACACAGCCGAAGGAGAUUGUCGAUGAAUCGGCGACGAUGCCGAGCGAUUGGAACGAGGAUGAGAACGAGCUGAUACCGGAUCCGGAGGCGACGAAGCCGGCUGAUUGGGACGAUGACAUGGAUGGCGAUUGGGAGCCGCCGAUGAUCGACAAUCCGGCGUGCAAGGGAAUCAGUGGUUGCGGCAAAUGGAAGCCGCCGACGAUCAAAAAUCCGAAGUAUAAGGGCAAAUGGGUUCGUCCGAAAAUCGCGAAUCCGGCGUACAAAGGCGUGUGGAAGCCGCGUCUCAUCGACAAUCCGCAUUAUUUCGAGCCGACACCGUUCGCGGGUCUUGCGCCGAUCACCGCCGUCGGAAUCGAGUUGUGGACGAUGAGCGAGAACAUCGUUUUCGACAAUAUUCUCAUCACGUCUUCCGAGGAGGAUGCCUCCGACAUUGCGCGUCAAACGUUCAAAGUGAAACAGAAUGAAGAAUAUCGAUUUGCGACGGUGACGGGAGAUUCUGUGGGAUUCGUGAAGAGUAUUGUCGAUGCUGCCAAUGAGCGACCAUGGCUCUGGGCGGUUUACGUGCUUUGCGUACUUAUCCCAGUCAUUUUCCUCGCCGUCUUCUUCUUUGGACGAAGCUCGAAGUUCCCGAAGAUUGACAACAAGAAGAAGAACGAUGAUUCGACAUCGGACGACGAUGUUCCGAAUUUGGAGGAGGAGGAGGGAAACGACGAGAAAGUUGCGCGAGCGCCGAAAAUCACGCCGGAAGAGCGCGCGCGACUCCUCGAGGGCAUCAAUGAGAAAUUGAACUCGAUGCCGGAGGUCGUUGAUGAUGAGGAAGAGAAUGAGGAAGAUGAGGAGAAGGAGGAAGAAGAGGAGGAGGAAGACGAGGAGAAGAAGGAAGGAGUUGUUCAUGAGAACGAGCCAGUGAUGCCGACCGAGGAGCUCGCCAAAACGAGCCCGAAACCGUCGGCGGCGAAACGGCGAACGGCUCGACGCGGUGAUUAA